CACUUACGGCGUGAUUUCCCGCCUCCUCCUUUCUUCAGGUUCUCAGUUCGGUCCGCCAACAGACGUAUAAAGGUGCAUCGCGAGGCUUGGAAGUUAGGCUUUAUCGGGUCUUCAGGUGUUCGUUAUGUCUGGUCGCGGCAAAGGCGGAAAGGGUCUGGGCAAAGGAGGCGCCAAGCGCCACCGUAAAGUCCUUCGUGAUAACAUCCAGGGCAUUACCAAGCCUGCUAUUCGGCGCCUGGCUCGUCGUGGUGGUGUGAAGCGCAUCUCCGGGCUCAUCUACGAGGAGACCCGCGGGGUGCUGAAGGUGUUCCUGGAGAACGUGAUCCGCGACGCGGUCACCUACACCGAGCACGCCAAGCGCAAGACUGUCACCGCCAUGGACGUGGUCUACGCGCUCAAGCGACAGGGCCGCACCCUUUACGGCUUCGGCGGUUGAGUGUUCAUUUUGUUUCCAUUCACCUAACAAAAGGCCCUUUUCAGGGCUUCCCAAUUUCCCUGGUAAGGAGCUGUAAUUCUCGUUUCAUUAAGUACAGAAGAUACACUUAA